GAAGAGUGUUGUUUGUGUUACUUUUUUUAUCUCGCCAACAUUACAUACGAAACUAAUAAUAGAAUACAAUUUUUCCUGUGUACGCACACUGCAUAUGGUCGAGGGUGAUCAUAAGCGUGAAAAUUUUCAAUCAUAAAUUAUUCAAUAAUUCACCAAAAAAUUGUAUCACUUGCCACUCGUUUGCGCUGAAAGUAUAUUUAGAAUUCUUUUCCACUGUCUUCUCUCACCAAUUACUGAACCAUUUCUCAGUCAAAGUGAGUGCCAGAGGAGGAAAAAUUUACUAUAACAUAAACUCAAAGGAGUGUUUGCAACAAUUGUUGUUCCUCUCGCGGCUCAUUACUUAAAAACAGGGGUUAUUUACCCCAUUCUUCCGUGUUGAGAAUAUUAAGCGAUGUAAUAUUGUACUUGGUAAUGGUUAACAUUUUUCAUACACGUACAAUUUUCUUGAGAGAGCCAUAAUGUUGAGAGACAGAGGAAUAAUGUCUAAGAGAGGUGGUGAAGAAAAGAUCCGCAUAUAUACAUAUAAUUGAAGACGUAGUGAUGUAUAUAUAUCAUGCAUAUGGUAAAUAAAUAAAACAAGAAAAGACGAGAAAAUUAAAUUGUGCCAUCAUGAGUGUAUAUGUGGUCUGUCUUUCUCGCUCUCUUCACAACUCUCCUCAAAGAGACAUCUUCCUCCUCUCUAUACUGCCCAAUGAGGCGCACACCACGCGAAGACCAUCCCAAGAAGCCCGCUCGCAACACUUCAGUAUGAAUGCCCAAGAGGAGCCCACAAGAGAGCGAGAGAAGAAGACUUUUAUGCCUCGGGGGCAACAUUAUACAACCACACACCAUAAUAUGUACAAGAGCAUAUAUUGGCCACGAGAGUAACCAAGUGUAUUCCUCACAUCCAAAGAACUACAUUAUUCAAGCAAGAAUUCAACAUUCAACACAAUUUGCUUCAGUCUAUAUUUGCCUUCUGUGUUCGACUUACUUCCUCCAAGUCGCGCUGCGUCUUCCAAUAUUAUUGAGUAAAACGAGACAGCCAGACUUGCUCGAAUUAAUUAUUUCUUCUCGCGCGUCGCCUCACUUUAUAAUAAAGAGUUGGAAUACAUGCAUCAAAGUUAGACAGUGUGUGAGCCAAACUCCGUCUUUUGGAAACUCCAAAUCCCAACAGUUUUGAGAGUCAUGUUUUCGGAGAAUCACACACAGUAUUGAAGAUUGUGUCAAAGAGACUCAAGAGUUGACUCUUGUAACUGUGUUUGUGAAAUGUGAAGACAUUGCUUGAGAGAAAAAAUAGUGUCACCGUGAUUUUACCGUGUCUCUUGUACACUUCCUGUUGUGGCAGUGAAUUCAGGGAACUGGGUGAAAGGACUUCUCCCCUCGCACGUGAAAGGGUGCAAUGGUGCUGAUCAACAUCACGGAGCGGAUCUUUAAAUAGACUUGAAUUGUGUGCGAGUGUGUGAAGUAAAAAUAUGGGCUUUUCGUCGGCGUUGCAAGGAAGGGUGGCCCAUGAGGCACUCCUCUUGCGUUUGGAUGCUGAACUCCGUCUUCUGGAUGCCAUGAAGAGGUGCAUCAACCAGAAGGCAAAGUGUGACAAGGAUUACGCCAUUGCCCUGGGACAAGUGGCCCAGCAAGGCCUCAAGGUGGACAGAGCUGAUGAUCUGCACGGGAGUCUCAUAACUAAAGCCUGGCGGACGCUCAUGGAGGAAUUGGAGCAGACAGCCAAACAAAUAAAGUGCAAUGCUGAAUUCCUGGAACUUCUGUGUCAGGACAAGUUGACCCAAUUGUACCAAGACAAGAGGAAGGCACGAAAGACAUAUCAGGAGGAGCAUAGUCGAAUUGCCACUAAGUUUAAUCACCUCACGGAAGAGGUAUCAAAGAAGAAGACAGAAUACCAAAAACACUUGGAAUAUUACAAGGGUCUUCGGUCGAGAUUUGAGGAGAAUUACUUCAAAUCUGGAAGAUCUGGGCGAAAAUUGGACGAUGUCAGAGACAAGUACCAGAAGGCAUGUAGGAAAUUGCAUUUAGCACACAACGAAUACGUUCUACUCAUUACCGAAGCUGUAGAAGUGGAGCAGGACUUCAGGACAGUGCUCCUGCCUGGACUCCUUGAGCAUCAGCAAUCCCUUCAAGAGGGCUUCAUUCAGACAUGGAGAAACAUCCUUCAAGAGGCAUGUCAACAUGGUGAUUUCACAUCAGACAAAUUUAGAGAUAUCCAGAAGCGUGUUGAACUCAGUAUUGCCCAUGUUAAUCCAGCCGAAGAGUACAGGGAGUUUACAGAGAAGCACAAAACAUCUCCGGCCAAUCCGAUCGUCUUUCAAUUCGAUGAGAAGUUAAUUGAGGACACACCAGGUAAACUGCAGCCAAACACACUCACUGUGGACAAUUUAACGGUGGAAUGGCUACGAUCGCGUUUAAGUGAUCUUGAAAAUACCGUCAAAGAAACUCAGGAGAAACAAAUCAAAUUGGCAGCUGAAUCUGGCACACAAACACCAACUAUGCAGUCAAAUAAUGGUAUCAAUGGAAUUGGCAAAGAUGCCAACAAAUAUUCCAAAGAUAUCAACGCGCUGAAGUGUCAAGAGAAGCAAACAUUGAAACUGGUGGAUAUGAUAAAAACUGCACUGAAUGAUUUGGGCUGCGAAGAACUACCGUCCGGAUGUGAUGACAUCUCAGUGGAGCAGAAUUUCAUUGAGAGCGCCAAUGUUGAUCAACCUGAGUCACCGGGUUCAUCAUCGUUCCUCCUGCAGAAGGGCGCUGAGGUGAUGAGCCUCAUAAGUGCCCAAUUCAGACGGAAAUCUCAACCCCUGCCGCACACACCAGAGAGAACGCCACGCUCCACGAGAGCUUCUCUGACCACGCGAUCAUUAAGUAGUUUAGCGUCUUCCUCGGUAAAUAGCCUACCCAUGAGAGACCCAUUGAGUGGUGAUUUUAUUGAUGUAACUGACAAUAUCUAUGUCGAGGUUGAUACUAACAACCAUGCAACAUUUGCCAAAAACACAACUACACACUUCACUGUACACUAUGCAGCGGAGAUGAGUGAGCAAAUCCCAUGCGAGACUCACGCAGAGAUAGUCAACAUUGAAAUUGACGAUUUGGAGGCAUUUCCCGAUGAGAAACCACCAAUCAAGCAUCCAAAAGACUCAAAGAAGCCCGAUUCAAAUGCGGUGGAAAGCACGUCACAGAGCAAUGCAGUGACUUGUGAGAAUUGCAAAGGCGCUCACAGUGCCAUUGGAAAGGCGGACAAUGGAAAGGGGAAUAAGUCGAGGUUUUUCCUCAAAGCCGACAAAUCUGACGAGAAGGAGGGGGAGUCAGAUGCCUCUCAGCGAUGGCUCUUAGGCGAUGUCUUCCACUUUGACGACCUCAUGCGAGACUUCGAUAUAAACACCAAAUUCCGCAAUAUCCGUCUGAAGGGAUCGAAGCAGAAACAGAAAAUCGAUACACAACAUUCCAAUGAUGACGCUCCAGACAACACCCUCGAUCACGAUGAGCAGAGUGAUCUGAAGAGAAGCAAACUAUCAUCACUCUUCGCCUCAUUUCGGCACAAUUCCAAGGCAUCAAGUGAAAAUACAAGUGUUCAGCAGAAUGAUUUACCAACUCUCGACGAGUGCUCGAGUUCACUUGCGACCAGCAAUGACACAUCUCUAAUUAUAAAUGAUCCACAAUCUGGCAUCAGAGAUAAAUUGGCCAGAACGGAGGAUUACAUGGAGCCACUCGAGCUGAAACAGCACGCCCAGAAGCAGAAGAAGGGCAAGGCAAAGUUCCAAUUCAAGUCCAAGUUCAAAUUCAGCUUCCCGAGAGGCAAGAAGCCAUCAGUCACUUGUCAGAACUGUCUCAAGCCAAUUGGGCACGGGAAGGAAAUCUCGCAGAUGAGUAAGCUUGCAGAACAUGCGAAUUUAUGCAAUUGUGACGCAUCAUUGAUCGACAAUACCCAAAACAUUCACAAUCACUUUUACACAGAAAUUGAUUGCAUGACUUUGGCUACGAAUCGACCUCUCUACGAGGAAGAGUGGUUCCAUGGAGUCUUGCCGCGCGAGGAGGUCGUGAGACUGCUGAAGAAUGAGGGCGACUUCCUCGUCCGGGAGACCAUUAGGAAUGAAGAGAGCCAGAUUGUACUGAGUGUCUGCUGGAACGGACACAAGCACUUCAUCGUGCAGACAACAGCCGAGGGAUACUUCCGCUUUGAAGGGCGCUCCUUCCCCAGCAUUCAGGAGCUCAUCAUGUAUCAGUUCAACUCGGAGGCCACAGUGACUCAGCGAUCUGGUGCCAUUCUGCGGAAGCCCGUCAUGCGAGAACGCUGGGAGCUGAGCAACGACGAUGUCGUGCUGCUGGACAAGAUUGGCCGCGGCAACUUCGGGGACGUGUACAAAGCAAAGCUGAAGCCCUCGAAGAAGGACGUGGCCGUGAAGACUUGCCGGAUGACUUUGCCAGAGGAGCAGAAGCGGAAAUUCUUGCAGGAAGGACGCAUCCUCAAGCAGUAUGAUCACCCAAAUAUUGUGAAAUUGAUUGGGAUUUGCGUGCAGAAGCAGCCUAUUAUGAUCGUGAUGGAACUCGUGCCCGGCGGAUCUCUGCUCAACUUCCUGCGCAAGCACAAAACCACUCACACGGCCAAGCAACUCAUCUCCAUGUGUCGCGACGCUGCGGCGGGAAUGAGAUACUUGGAGUCGAAGAAUUGCAUUCACAGAGAUUUGGCGGCCAGAAAUUGCCUCAUUGGUUACGAGAAUAUCGUGAAAAUCUCGGACUUUGGAAUGUCUCGCGAGGAGGAGGAAUACAUAGUGUCUGACGGCAUGAAGCAGAUUCCCAUCAAGUGGACAGCACCAGAAGCCCUCAACUUUGGCAAGUACACUUCCCUCUGUGAUGUCUGGUCCUACGGGAUUCUCAUGUGGGAGAUCUUCUCCAAGGGAGACACCCCAUAUUCCGGCAUGAGUAACGCCAGAGCGAGGGAACGGAUUGACGCAGGAUACCGAAUGCCAGCCCCGGAACAGACUCCGCCCGAAAUGUACAGACUGAUGCUGAGAUGCUGGUCAUAUGAACCCGAAACCCGACCGCAUUUCGAUGAGAUCUUCUCGCUGGUGGAGAACGGCUGCUGAUGGACAAUCUUCCUUAUUAGAGAAGCCAAUACUUUUCUAUGAAAAUGGCGACAAUCUGAUAUCCAGAAGCGGACACUCUUUUCUAGAUUAAGAAAGCGAAAGCAAUCUAUAUUUACGGAAUAUACGUAUCUCUAAUUACUCUCCUACGAGUGCGAAAACCUAUUGGAUUUCACGAAUAAGUUGUAAAUUCAAUAAGAAUUUUAUGAUCGUAAUGUAGUCUCAUGUCAAGAACUGAUCUAUAAUUUAUCACUCAUGCAGUAUUUAUGUAAAUUUGUACGUUUCACACGCAGACUUUUAUGAUGAAUAAAUCAAUCUUAUCUUA